AUGCAGAAACUGAAAUUUAUAAUACAACAGCAUCGUUCUUUACAAAGAUAUGUUUUUGCUUUUCAUCAAAACCGAACCUUUUCUGCACUUCCCAGUUAUGCCCAACUCGAUUAUCUCCAAGAAGAGGUUUUAGUUGAAGGGAGAGCUAAAUCAAGGGCAGCCAUACUAAACAGACCAUCUGCACUCAAUGCUCUCACUACAUCCAUGGCUGCUCGUUUAAAUAGAUUAUACGAGUCUUGGGAGGACAAUUCAGAUAUUGGAUUUGUAAUGAUGAAGGGUAGCGGCAGGGAAUUCUGUUCUGGUGCGGAUGUCAUUACAUUGCGUCGGUUUCUUAAUCAAGGGAAGGCUGAAGAAUGUAAGGCUUUCUUUGAGACUUUAUACAAAUUUGUAUAUGUACUGGGAACAUAUCUGAAGCCACACGUGGCUAUCCUGGAUGGUAUCACUAUGGGCGGUGGGGCAGGUAUUUCGCUCCCCGGGAUGUUCCGCAUUGUAACUGAUAGAACUGUUUUUGCAACUCCGGAAGCUCAAAUUGGUUUUCAUCCUGAUGCAGGGGCUUCAUAUUAUUUGUCUCAUCUUCCUGGCUAUUUAGGAGAGUAUUUGGCACUUACUGGGGACAAGCUUAAUGGUGUGGAAAUGAUUGCUUGUGGUCUUGCUACACACUAUUCACUGAAAGAAAGGCUUCCUUGGAUUGAAGAACGCCUUGGUAAAUUGAUUACUGAUGAUCGUUCUGAAAUUGAAAAUUCGCUUGCUCAAUAUGGUGAUUUAGUCUACCCGGAUAAAAGGAGUGUUCUUCACAAGUUAGAAACAAUUGAUAAAUGUUUCUGCCACGAUACACUGGAGGAGAUCAUGAAUGCUUUGGAAAUUGAGGCUGCAGAGUCUUAUAAUGAAUGGUGUACUGCAGCGCUUACAAAAUUAAAAGAAGCCUCUCCAUUGAGCUUAAAAGUGUCUUUGCAAUCAAUUCGAGAAGGUAGGUUUCAAACUCUUGAUCAGUGCCUGGCAAGGGAAUAUCGAAUAUCGCUGAAAUGGAUUUCCAAACAGGUGUCAAAUGAUUUUUCUGAGGGUAUUCGUGCAAGAUUAGUUGACAAAGACUUUGCUCCAAAGUGGGAUCCUCCCAAGUUGGAGCAAGUAACUGAUGACAUGGUUGAUAGCUUUUUCUCCCCUCUUGGUGAACUUGAGCCAGAACUAAAUUUGCCUACUGCAUUGCGAGAGCCUGAUGUAUGA